AAAUAGUCAAGUCUUUUAACUCAAAAAUCAUAUCUCACUUUGCUCAUCGACAGUGUUCAGUACAACAAUGGAUAAGUCAUUGUUUCUUUCUUUUCUCUUCCUUGCAACUUUAGUGCUUAAUGCUCAAGGCCAAGAAAGGAAGGUUCAUAUUGUGUACAUGGGAGAUCUUCCUCAGGAAGAUGUAUCUGUUGCACAUUCACACCACGCGAUGCUUCAAAGUGCACACGGAAGUGCCUCAGUUGCCAAGAAAACACUAGUUUUCAGUUAUGGGAGAAGCUUUAACGGAUUUGCAGCCAAGCUGACAGAUGAAGAAGCCGCAAGGGUUUCAGGAAUGAAAGGAGUCCUUUCAGUGUUUCCAAGUCGCACCCUAAAGCUGCAUACUACAAGGUCUUGGGACUUUGUUGGAUUAGCUAGAAAUCAAGUUGGAGGUCCUCUAGAAGGAGAUGUCAUUAUUGGGCUUCUAGACACAGGAAUCUGGCCGGAGUCUGAAAGCUUCAGUGACACCAAUCUAGGUUCUCCACCUUCAAGAUGGAAAGGAACAUGUCAGGGUCCCAAUUUCAACUGCAGCAACAAGAUCAUAGGGGCACGCUACUACAACAGCGACAAUUUUUAUGGUGAUUCGGAUUUUAAAUCUCCAAGAGAUGCAGAAGGACACGGAACACAUACUUCUUCAACAGCUGCAGGAGGCGAGGUGGAUGGAGCUAGUUACCUUGGCUUAGCCGAAGGGACUGCCAGAGGAGGAGCACCUGGUGCAAGAAUCGCUAUGUAUAAAGUUUGCUGGUCUUUUGGAUGCUCAUCAGCAGAUAUUCUCAAAGCAUUUGAUGAUGCCAUAGCAGAUGGUGUGGAUAUUAUAUCAGUAUCGCUAGGAUCAGACUUUCCAACAGAUUACUUUAAAGACCCAAUUGCUAUUGGAUCUUUCCACGCCAUGAAAUAUGGAAUUUUGACCUCAAAUUCAGCAGGAAAUUCGGGUCCUUUUCCAGUUUCAGUCGCAAACUUUGCACCCUGGACUUUGACUGUUGCUGCCAGCACCAUUGAUAGAAAAUUUGUAGCAAAGGCAGUGCUUGGCAAUGGACAAGUUUUUCAGGGACUAUCCAUCAACAGUUUUGAUCUUAACGGGACCACAUACCCAUUAGUUUGGGGAGGAGCUGCCGUAAAUUAUACAGUCGGUUCCAACACAUAUAUCUCAAGUCUAUGCGCAGAGGGUACAAUGAAUUCAGAGAUUGUUCAAGGAAAAAUGGUCUUUUGUGAGACCAUCGAUGAUGGUUCUGGCAUUCUGUUAGCCAAUGGUGUGGGUGCUAUAAUGGCUGAUUCAUAUUACAGUGAUUUAGCCUUCAAUUACCCUUUACCAGCAACUGUAAUCAGCACAGAAGAUGGCAUCAAAGUUCUUGAUUACAUCAGAACAACAGAGUCACCAAUUGCUACAAUUCUGGUAUCAGAUACACCAGACGAUGUCAUGGCUCCUAUUGUUGUUUCUUUCUCUUCUAGAGGACCCAACCCUAUUAGCCCGGAUAUUUUGAAGCCUGAUAUCACUGCUCCUGGUGUGGACAUUCUUGCUGCAUGGUCUCCAGUGGCACCUCCCUCAGUUUACUACGCUGAUACCAGGAGUGUCGAUUAUAACAUAAUUUCUGGCACAUCCAUGUCUUGCCCACAUGCUGCUGGUGCUGCAGCUCAUGUCAAGGCUGUCCAUCCAGACUGGUCUCCUGCUGCUAUUAAAUCUGCCCUCAUGACAACAGCUACUAUUAUGGACCCAAGGAAGCAGGAAGACCUAGAAUUCGCAUAUGGUUCUGGUCAAAUAAACCCAGUUGAGGCCGUGAGACCGGGACUUGUUUAUAAUGCAUCCGAGGCAGAUUAUAUUAACUUCCUAUGCAAACAAGGAUACAACACAACUAAUUUGCAACUUCUCAGUGGUGAUGAUAGUGUUUGUAAUAACACAGUCCCCGGAAGAGGAUGGGAUCUCAAUUACCCAUCGUUCUCUCUAUAUGUGCUAGACGGUGAUCUGAUUCAGGCUGAAUUUACCAGGACAGUUACUAAUGUAGGGGCACCGAACUCAACCUACUUCUCUGCCGUCAUUCCACCUGGUGCUACCAUAUAUUCGCCUUUUAGUAGCAUCAAUAUCACCGUCGAACCUUCUACCCUGUCAUUUACCGAAGUUGGGGAAACAAAAUCAUUCACCGUGACCGUCAAUGGACCAAAGAUCUGCCAACAGCCAAUCAUGUCAGGUGCCAUAUUAUGGUUUAAUGAAGAUUAUGUGGUAAGAGCUCCGCUUGUUGUGUAUAACUAUCUCCCUUACAAUCCGGAAUCAGAGACCUUCUCCAAGCCUGGCAAAAAGAAGACUUUCGGCAACUCCUCUCUAUACAAGAAGAAAGCAACAUUCAGACACAAGUAAAUCAGAUAAAAUACCAACAAGAUGAAGGUUAACACUGUAACUCAACAUCCAGAGUGUGUCUGAAAUCCUAAAGAAAUAAAAUCAGAGGGUAUAUUUGCUCGCC